AUGUCUGGCUCUUUGAUGCCAUCAGUUCCUACUCAAUUUUUAUUGAAGUUCAAUCCUCCUAAAAUUACUAUUGUCUAUCACUUCCUUAGGAAUGAAAAUGAAAAAUACUAUCAUGAAAUUCCAAUUGAACGCAGAUUAUUGGAGAGCAUGUCAAAUGAUGAUAUGGCCUCACAUCUAUUUGUUAGUGAAGCCUAUUACUUCGAUCCUAAGCAGAUACCUAGGAAACAGGUGGUAAACAUAGUACAGAGACUCAAAGAUGGGUAUGUUUAGGCAUAGAAAUAAAAUUAAAAGAAUUAGCCCGCAUAGAAUUAGGCUAAUAAUCAAUUUGAUCAUUAGGAAGGUGAAAAUUUUUUCUAAAAGAAAAGAUCACUAAAGUUUGAUGAUAAUUAUAGCGAUGAUUUCAUUGAAGAGCCUCAAUUCGAUUUGGCUAAUUCUAAGAAGGAGGAUGAUAGCAUUAAAAAUCCAUUCGUAAAAAAUAUAGCUCCUAGUCAUUCACCUCAGGUAUAGGAUAUGAGAUCAGCGCCACACACAGAGGAAAUAUUCUCUUAAUCUCCAACUCAGAAUUAAAUAUACAAUCAAGGAAAUGCUUAUAUAUAAGCGCCAUGGAAUAAUAACGCUUAGAAUAAAUAAAGUUAGCAGAAUACAAAUAAUAACUUGAUAAAUUUUGAUGAUUUAGAGCAGUCAUCUAUUCCAUUUUAAAUGUCUCCUACAGAUAAUCAAAUGAACAGCUAAAAUGAACAUCAUUAAAAUCCAUAGAGUUUUGGGACUGGAGUGGGUCAAUAAAAUUAAAAUUAGUAUGAUGAUCUUCUGGAUAUGGUUGAUUUUGAAAGUGAUCAUGAUGAUGGUGCCCCAAAUUAAAAUUAAUCGUAAUAAUAUAGAAUGGAUAAUAAUGGUCAAAAUAUCCAUUUAAAUGAUGACAACGAUUAUUAUGUCUAACAAAAUGAUAUGCUAGAUGGAGGAGAUAACAAUUAGGUUGAAAGUGGUGCCUAAGAUGUUGGAGAAGAAGAGGAAAGCGUAUACAUCAAAGAUAAUAUAGUAAUGAGGAGAAUAUAGAUAGAGGGAGAGGACCAAGAAUACUUAAUGGAUCCUGAGGGAAAUAUCUACGAUAUGUAAGGCAACUUCAUUGGUACAGCUAAUGCUAAUGAUCUUGAGGAGAUGGAGGAAGACUAAGAAGAAGGAAUGGAGGAAAAGUUGGUCUUAUGA